AAAUAAUAGAAACUACUUCUCCACAAGAAUCAAAUGAUAGAGUCCCUAGCGAAAACUGGAUAGAAAUAAUGGAAAAUGAAAAGUCUGUGACCCGGCCACACCUAGGAGCAAAAAGGAAACAUGAUAACCAGAUCUACCAAAGUGCCAACCAGAAAAGUAAUAGGAAAUCCGCAAGAUCAGAUAAAUUCGACAUUGAUAUGGAUAGCAAUUCAGAACUGAACAGAGAAAUGGAUGGCACAGGAUAG